AAGGACAGGAAAAAAAAAACCUAAAUCACGGAAGAGAUUCUGCAGUCCUACUAGUUUGGCAAGUUCUCUGGGCUCAAAGCAACGUAGAAAGGCGGAGAAGAGGGCAGAAACUCAAAUUUGCGCACAUUUAUACACUUCUCUUGUCGCACAGACUGUAAACGAGAGGAGUCAUGGAGCAUGCCAUUCAGACCCUGGUGACGGUCUACCUGAAGUCGUCCAAAGGAAAGGAGAGUCUAGGAAAGAAGGAAUUCCAGAACCUUGUCAAAUCCCAGCUCGGCAACAUCCUCUCGGAUGCAGACAGCAAAGAGGCCAUCAACAACAUGGGCCAGGGGCUGGAUGCCGACCAUGAUGGCAAGGUGGGCUUCGAGGAGUACCUGAAGCUGGUCGGCUACCUGGCGUGUUCGCUCAGCGAGCAGCGCAACCUCGCCAAAGAGGAGCCCGCACAGAACGCCGCGUCCGAACAAGUGGCCAACAACAAGGAGGAAGAGAAGGCAGAGGCAAAGGAGGAGGCAAAGCCAGAGGCAAAUAAAGAGCCGAAAGCGGAGGCGGCUGCUGCUGCGAAGGUAGAAGCAAUCGCAGAUGCAAAUGCGGAGGUGAAGGUAGAAGCAAAGGCAGAAGGCGAGACGCAGCCCGAGCCGGCAGCCGUAGGAGGAGGAUUAGCGGCAGCAGCGGGAGGAUUAGCAGCAGCAGCCGGAGAGGCGGCGGCAGGAGGAGCGGCGGCGGCAACAGAAGCAGCAGCAUCGGUGGUAGAGCCAGCCAAGAAGGUCGUAGAAGAGGUGGAGAAAGAAGUACCGAAGGUGGAGGAAACAGUAAAGGUGGAGGAAGCCGUGGAGAAGGUGGCUGCUGCUGUGGAUGCUGUGGGGGAAGAAGUGGAGAAGAAGAUAGAGGAAGCAACCUCAUAGGGGACAAUAGAUUCCUUUGCGAAACAAAAAACCAACAACAACAAAAAAACGCACUACACACUUACAUUCAGCACGAAACAGCAUCAGUAAUGCCAAAAUAAGUUGAAAAUCCACUGAUGAUUUUUUUUUAAAAAAAAAAAAACAUCAAAUACACAUGUUUAAAGUGCAAAGAAAGUACAGGUAAAAGUUCAAACACUACAACUCCAGCUCUGAUAGAAACACCACUCCUUAUAUAUAAAAAAUGAUCCAUGUACAUGACGGUAAAUGUGUUGCUUUUGUACUACUCAUUACCACUAUGUUCAAAUGUUUAGCAUGUGCCUCCCUUAGCACAUUUACCUCAUUAUGACAUACUAUGAUAGCAUGCAGACGUACACUAUCAUGUGCGUGCAGAAUCCCUGUGAAAACUUGGCUGCAAAGUAUGAUUUCCCUGCAAAUGUGGCCAAAGUAUGUUAACACACUGCUGCCAACAAGGGUUUUAGUCUAACUAUCAUCCUGGUUGUGUGUUUGUUUCUUCCACAGUUGUGUCAUGCAGCUUUGUAUUACAGUCUUUUGGGUCCUGCGGCAUCAUACGUCUUGCUAACACCUUAAAGGGAUAAUCUGACAUUUUGGGAAAUAUACUAAUUAGCCUAAUAGCCGUGAUUUAAAUGAGACAAAUGACACAAGUCCUGCAUGUAUCCAUUGAAUGUGAAGCUACAACCAGCAGAAGGAAACACCAAUUUGUCUCUUUCCAAAGGUAACAACAACAAACCAACACAGAAAAAAUAAAGCUCAUGAAUUACAUUGACACAUCCUGUUUGUUUAAUUGGUUGUUUGCACUUCAGUCUUUACAGAGCAAACAAGAUAUUGUGUGUUAGUUAGUGAGCUUUAAGAGGAUAUGGUUGGAAAGAGACAGACUUGCUGUUUUCUGCUGUUUAUGUUGCCAGGCAGACAUGAGACUCAUCUGAAUCUUGGCUAAAAAGCUAAUAAGCACAUUUCUGUACAAGAAAAGCUGACACUAAAUCUUUCUCCCUUUUUUUUUCUUUUUUUUUUUACCUUUUUUAAUUCACAGUGCUUUGGAGCCGAUUUAGCAUGACAAUAAACUAACUGUUUUGCUGAA